UUCCCAUGCAAGCCCACUCUUUCAAUCCCAACUCUCAUCUCCUUUCUUCCUCUCUGUACCAGAAAAGAGAAAAACAAAAAAUAAAUAAAACUUUUCCAAUAUUUCCCCACCUAGCUAGCCCAGAAAAGGAAAAAAAUGCAGUCUUCUACUAGUAAAGAAAACAAACAGCCACCCUCUUCUCAGCCACAUCCACCACCUCUUAUGGUGGCUGGAGCUGCAGAACCCAAUUCAAGCCCGUUGAGAAAGGUUGUAAUGGUAGCUUCUAUAGCUGCUGGUAUUCAGUUCGGUUGGGCUUUACAGCUUUCUCUUUUAACCCCAUAUGUUCAACUUCUCGGUAUACCCCAUACAUGGGCAGCAUUCAUUUGGCUUUGUGGACCCAUUUCUGGUAUGUUGGUCCAACCAAUUGUUGGUUACCAUAGUGAUCGUUGCACCUCCCGUUUUGGCCGUCGUCGCCCUUUUAUUGCCUCUGGCGCUGCCUUUGUCGCCAUUGCUGUUUUCCUUAUAGGUUAUGCCGCUGAUCUUGGACAUCUAUCUGGUGAUUCUCUUGAUAAGAGUCCUAAAACCCGCGCUAUUGCUAUUUUUGUUGUUGGGUUUUGGAUUCUUGAUGUCGCUAAUAACAUGCUUCAAGGUCCUUGUCGUGCACUCCUUGCUGAUCUUUCUGGUACUAGCCAGAAGAAAACAAGAACAGCAAAUGCUUUGUUUUCUUUCUUUAUGGCCGUCGGUAACGUUCUUGGUUACGCGGCCGGAGCAUACACUCACUUAUAUAAACUCUUUCCCUUCACAAAAACCACAGCCUGUGACGUUUACUGUGCUAAUCUAAAAUCUUGCUUCUUCAUCUCAAUUGUAUUGCUUUUGUCUCUCACUGUUUUGGCACUCAGUUACGUUAAAGAAAAGCCCUGGUCGCCGGACCAGGCGGUGGAUAAUGCGGAGGAUGAUACCGCGUCACAGGCAUCAUCGUCAGCGCAGCCUAUGCCAUUUUUUGGUGAAAUAUUAGGUGCUUUUAAGAAUCUCAAAAGACCCAUGUGGAUUCUUCUUCUUGUGACAUGUCUAAACUGGAUUGCAUGGUUCCCCUUCCUGCUAUUCGACACUGACUGGAUGGGGAGAGAGGUGUACGGCGGUGACUCGAGCGGCUCUGCUGAGCAGUUGAAACUGUAUGACCGUGGAGUCCGCGCUGGAGCACUUGGCUUGAUGCUUAACUCGGUAGUUUUAGGGUUCACUUCCCUGGGCGUGGAGGUAUUGGCGCGUGGUGUCGGUGGGGUUAAAAGAUUGUGGGGCAUAGUCAACUUCGUUCUUGCAGUGUGUCUGGCUAUGACCGUGUUGGUUACCAAACAAGCAGAGUCCACCAGAAGGUUCGCCACCGUAGCGGCGGAGCUAGUGCCGUUGCCACCACCAAGUGGCGUCAAGGCAGGUGUUGGCCCUUUUGCUGUGAUGGGAGUACCUCAAGCUAUUACUUACAGUAUUCCUUUUGCUUUGGCAUCAAUAUUUUCUAACACCUCUGGUGCUGGUCAAGGACUGUCCUUGGGAGUUCUGAAUCUUUCAAUAGUUAUACCACAGAUGAUAGUGUCUGUAGCGGCUGGACCAUGGGAUGCAUUAUUUGGAGGAGGGAAUCUGCCAGCAUUUGUGGUGGGUGCGGUGGCAGCUCUUGCUAGUGGAAUAUUUGCACUCACAAUGCUUCCAUCGCCGCAGCCAGAUAUGCCUUCAGCCAAGGCUCUCACUGCUGCUUUCCAUUAACCCCUCCCUCUGCUCACCACCACCACAACCACCUUCCCAUGCAUAUCAGCACCAUAUGUGGAUGUCCUAAGUUGAACUUUUCCACCAUUAUCACCUCACCACCCCUGCACUUUUCUUCUUCUUUCUUUUCACCUAAUGAGCCCUUUUAUAGAGCUCUAGCUUUCCCUCCUUUUUAUUUUCCCCCUUUUUUUGGGUCCUUGAGAGUCAUCAAAGGCCACAAAUGGUCAGUUGAUGAAGGUGAAUAUCAAUGGCUGUACACAAUCUUAUGUUUAAUAUGCAGAAUGUAAAAUACAGUCAUGCUAAGCUUUUUAUACAUCCCGAGCAGUAAUUGUUACA